AUGCCUCCGCGAAGAGAUACUGGAAAGGCUGUCGCUGAAUCCUCCCGCCCAAAGAAACGAGCUCAUCGCAUGGCGAAUGCUCAUGCUUUACCUGCUCCUGAUUUUAUCUCUAUUGAAAAACAAGCUAACUGGUUGUACGCAAGUCCCAUGCAAGACGAUGGAGAAAAUUUUGUUUGGGCAGGUUCGGAAGGUGAAGCGGAUGAUCAACCUGGUGAGGACCCGAUCCCAGAAGAAACUUCCAUGCCGAAUCCUGGUGACUCGUCGACCGCUGAGGGUGGACCACCUCCUAUUGGGGCCAAGUUGGCUAAAUUCAAUGAUACUGUGAUUAGAGAUAUCAUCUAUCAAUUUGCUCUUCAAGAAGUUGGACAUUUGAGGGCCAUAAAGAACACAGUGGUAGGAUUCUCUAGGCCUUUGUUAGAUCUAAGUCAGUCCUCAUUUGCCAAGCUUCCAAGAAGCUAG